UCCCUCCCCGUCCCUCUAUAAGGCGGCUCCGCCGUUCGGUCCCCGCCGCGAUGCAGCCGCUCGUCGACCCCGAGACCCCCCCGCUGCCUCCCUGCCCGUGCCGGUGUCCGUCCCGGUGUCCGUCCCGGUGCCGGUACCGGUACCGGAGCCGGUGUCGUCGCCUCCUCGUCCCGGUUCUCGCCGCUCUCGGAGCCGCCGCUCUCGGAGCCGCCGUCGCCGCGACGGUCACCGUCGUCCUGGGGGUGAGCCCCGGGGGGACCCCGCCGCAGGCUGCUACGGCCGCCCACGUGCUGCUGAGUGCUGGCUCCUUGGUGGUGCCACCAGGACUUGGUUGGCGCUAUGAGGAAGGCAUCAACGGCGUCUUCCUCAGCAGUGACGUACAGAUGACAGACGGGAAGCUGCAGGUGACAGCGGGUGGCCUCUACCUCUUCUACGGCCAAUUUGCCGUCACCUGCACGGCACCUACCUGUCCCCCCGGCACCAUCACCCUCCAGCUCCAGCGUGAUGUUCCACGUGAUGUUCCACGUGAUGUUCCACGGCCCUCAUUGCUCACCGUGCCGUUGGAGCUACCCGGCAACACGGGAUCCUGUCUGGCACGUUCUGGUUUGGCCCAAGCCAUCGGGCAGCUCCAACGUGGGGAUGUCCUCCACCUGGAGCUGAAGAGGAAUAUAUCUGGGGACGGGUGGCAGCUGGCACAGAAAGAGCGGGAAAGCAAUUUUGUAGGGCUGCUGCGUAUCGCCGGGGGGUGA